AUACUUCAGUCUUUCAGCCAUGUUUUCAACAGGACACUUUUAAGUGUUUGUUAGAACGUGUUAUGUAUUUGAGGGUGAACGGAUAAGGGAAGUGCUCAAUGCAGCUUAGGUGAUGACAUCAUUUGUAAAUUGUGUGUUGAACAAAGACCAUAUUAUCAAGGCUCUCCUCAGUCAUGUGACCAUUGGCCAUUCAGAUGAGGAACUCAGAUGAACAACAUACAGGUCUUCCUCAGAGCUUAGCCCAUUAGUGCUCUCAAAUAAACAGCAUAGGAAUCAGGCAAUGAUGACCAACAAGCUGGUGUGAUUGGGGGAUUCCUAUUGACUUCAUGGAUGAUUAAAUCAUGGAUUAUGUCAAGAAAAUGAUGAACUAAACAGCAGUUUAAUAUAACUAACAUUGGUGAGGAGACCAUCACAGAACCUUCCAUCUUCUUAUGAAUGGAAAUCAUAAGACUAUAACUUCAGUUGGGAUUGGAUGUAGUCUUUUGAUCUUAACGUCGACCAUGUCCCAAUGCUGGAUGCGUCAGUGAAUACAGAGCUGUUGAUCAGUUCAGGAUCGCUGGAAGUCAAUCUGAGCAGAGAUGGGGAAUCAGGACUGGGAUGUGGCUUUAGUCAUCAGAUUUGCCAUCUUACUGCUCACCAGGCCAUGCCUCUUUGCCAUGGAAAUACCACAGGAUGUCAAGCAGCCUCCUACCAUCAUCAAGCAGUCAGUGAAGGAUCACAUUGUGGAGCCCAGAGAUCCCAUCGUCAUUGAGUGUGAAGCAACAGGAAACCCUCAGCCUGUGUUCACCUGGACGCGGAAUGGGAAAUACCUGAACGUCGCUAGAGACUCCCAAGUGUCCAUGCGGAGGUGGUCAGGAACAUUGGAGAUCUUCUUCUAUGGCCGACCCAACGACUACGAGGGAGAAUAUCAGUGCACCGCCACCAAUGAGUUUGGAUCGGCAAUCUCCAACAAGAUCAACUUAAGGGUCUCCAAGGCUCGCUCGUGGCCAAAGGAACACCUGGAGCCCAUGACGGUGUUUGUGGGCGAGUCGCUCGUGCUGCCGUGCAACCCUCCUCCAGGCCCCCCGGAGCCGGCCACGUACUGGGUCAACAGCUCAAUGGUGCCGAUCCGUCAGAGCCGCAGGGUUUCCAAGGCUGAGAAUGGGGACCUCUACUUUGCAUAUAUUUUACCUGAGGACGCGUCCACAGAUUACUGCUGCACGGCACGGUUCCCCCACACAUACACCAUCCACCAGAAGAGCGCUGUCAUUCUCCAGGUUCUAACAGUGCGCAGGCCAGCUGAAAGAGCUCCUGCAUUUAUGUAUCCCCCGAAGAAGGCAACGUCUAGAACCGCGCUAGUGGGGGACGAGCUGGUACUAGAGUGCUUUGCGACAGGAGUUCCUCCACCGGUCAUUAAGUGGACCAAAGACUGGGACCAGGUACCCCUGGAGGGCAAGAGGCUGGAGAGCUUCAACAAGAGACUUCGCAUCCUGUCAGUGUCCAUGGACGAUGGGGGAGAGUACACCUGCACAGCCUCCAACAAGAUGGGAUACGUGGAGCGCACCAUCUCCGUCAGUGUCAAAGCGGCUCCUUACUGGGUGGAGAAGCCGAAGAACCUUAUUCUGUCCCAAGACGUCAGUGGCAAGAUGGUGUGCCAGGCAGACGGAGUGCCAAGGCCCACUAUUCAGUGGCUGGUCAACGGAGUGCCAAUCGAAGAGGUCGAUAGGAUCCCAAGCAGACAAGUGUCUGGAGAAACUCUGAACUUCCGCAGUGUGACCGAAGAGACCACAGCUGUGUAUCAGUGCAACAUGUCCAACCCGUACGGCUAUCUGCUGGCCAACGCCUUCGUCAGUGUCAUGGACCAGCGGGCUCGUAUCCUGGGUCCACGAGAUCAGCUGGUGAAGGUCAUCGAGGGCAGGAAGACGCUUCUGGACUGCCCUUACUUUGGGGCACCAGCACCUGAGCUGCGCUGGUCAAAGGGCACGGUUGGCACGUUGGAAGGUGGGCGCUACAAGGUGUACAGAAACGGAACCCUGGAGAUCCGUAAGACGAGAAUGGAUGACCAGGGCAUGUACAUGUGCACCGUCAGCAACGCCAUGGGCAGAGAUGAGAAUCAGAUUCAACUGGAGGUCAAAGAGCCCACCCAAGUCAUCCGCAAGCCACACAACGUGGUCAUCCUGCGUGGAGAAGACGCCAAGUUUGAGUGUGCAGUCCGGCAUGACGAGACCAUGCUGCCCUCCGUCAACUGGGAGAAGGACAACAAGACCCUCUUCAUCGGACGGAGAAUGCUGAAGGAGGAGGAUGCCCUGACCAUCGUCAGCGUUACCAAGGGAGAUGAGGGAGUGUACAGCUGCGUGGUCAAAACUGAGCUGGACGAGGUCAUAGUCUCUGCUCGACUCAAAGUAAUGGACCGUCCAGAGCCACCGACAAACCUGGUGUUAUCAGACCCCUCAGAACGCAGUGUGCGACUCACCUGGACACCUGGAGACAGCAACCACAGCCCCAUUAAAGAGUACUUGGUGCAGGCCAAAGAAGAGUGGUGGUUCCACUCAUCGUGGAAGAACCUGACCACCUACCCGGGGAACCUCAACUCUGUGGUGCUGCAGCUCUCCCCAUACCUGAGCUACCGGUUCCGCAUCAUCGCUGUGAACGCGCUCGGCCUGAGUGACCCCAGCCGCGCUACGGAGUACUACCAAACCGGUGGAGCCGUGCCAGACUCCUACCCCAAGAACAUCAAAGGGGUGGGAAGUGGCCUGUGGAGGAAUAACAUGGAAAUCACCUGGGAGCCGCUGCCCGAGCGGGACUGGAACGGUCCGUACCUGCAGUACAUGGUGUGGUGGCGGCGGCAGGACUCCAGGGAGGAGUGGAAGAACGUUACCACACGCUGGUGGUGGCACACCAUCUACGACACGGACACCUUCACAGCCUACGAGAUCAAGGUGCAGGCCAUCAACAAGUUUGGCUACGGCCCAGAGUCCCCCAUCGUCAUCGGCUACUCUGGAGAAGAUCGGCCACUAGAAGCUCCGUUGGAGCUGAGUGUGUCUGAAGUGGAGAGCACGUCAGUGACGGUCAACUGGCUGCCCGUCCCCCACAGCAGCAUCAUGGGAGCGCUGAAGGAGUACAAGGUGUACUACUGGAGAGAGAGCAGCCAGCUGCCGUGGCUAAGUGUCAGCAGGCGGAGCAAGUCCAAAGGUUUCGCAGCAUCGGGCCCUCGGCUGUCUGGGGACCUGACGGGAUUAACCCCUUACAGCAACUACAGGAUGUACAUAGUGGUGGCCAAUAGCCGCUACGAAGGGCCGCCAAGCAGCACUAUUGAGUUCCAGACACUAGAGGGCGUGCCCUCUGCUCCACGCUCUUUCAAGAUUCAGCACCGGCACCUGGACACCAUCUAUGUGGAGUGGGAGCGGCCGGCGGAACCCAACGGCAUUCUGACAGGAUACGUGCUGAGAUACCAGCUGUUGAACGCAAGCAGAGGGGAGAAGAUCCGUGAGGAGCAGUUACCUCCAAACAGGACGUACUUCUCCGUCCAGCGGUUUGACCGCUACACACGCUACAAGUUCUCUGUAGCCGCCCAAACGCAGGUCGGCAUCGGAGAGUUCUACACCGAGGAGUCGCCACACUUCACUGAGGCUUACUCCACAGAUCAGGUGGACUUGGCCACACAGGGCUGGUUCAUUGGUUUGAUGUGCGCUAUUGCCCUCCUGGUGAUCAUCAUGCUCGUUGUGUUCUUCAUUAAGAGAAGCCGAGGGGGCAAAUAUCCAGUGAGGGAUAAAAAGGACUUCUGCUUGGAACCACUGGAUGACAAAGACCAGGAGGGAACGUUUGACUAUCGGUCUCUCGAAAGGAUAACUCGUGUUCCUACUCUUCCCUACACCAGACGGGAGGAGGACAUCAGGCAGAGGAGAGCGGACUCAGUGGACGGCAUCAUCGGGAGGACGGAGAGCGACGACAGCCUGGUGGACUACGGCGACGGAGGGGAGAUCGAGUUCAACGAGGACGGCUCGUUCAUCGGCCAGUACACAGGUGUCAGCAAGCGCGAGCGGUCAGAUAGAGAGUACCACGACAGCUCAGAGGCCACCUCGCCGGCCAACACCAUAUACACACUGGCCUAGUUCAGCCCCCCCCUGUGGGCAGCAGAGCGCCACUGCGGACUUCACAACAGCUGCCCACACACUGCUGCGUUCACCUGAGAGGGUUUCUCACCUCGGGUCAGUCACACAGAGGACAUAGAUUCCGCUGCACACGAGGGGAUCUUAGGGGAGAGAACACUGGACUUAACGUGGUUCUUUUGUCAAGGCCGUAGCUCAGUUUGGGAAAUAACACAAGGUCGUUUUACAGGAGAAGGCUGCAGAUAAUUUACCAACAUGAUCCUGUCCUGUUUUUAAUCUUUUCAAACGAAAGGGCAUAAAGAGCUUAUGUAACAGUGUUUUAUCAUGUUGAUAAAGACUAAGAGACUGAGGAGAAUGAUGGUGUUGCUAUGGUGGCGGUUGCUAUGGUGGCGGUAUUUGAUGUGCUGUGUUGCGGCUCAGCAAAAGCUAUUUAUUCUGUUUUUUUUGUUGUUUUUUUUAGCCCAUGACCUCUGACCUCUUGACCAUCUCUGGGUGUUUUUCUCUGCCCAUUAACGACUGGUCUGCCUUUUGAUCAAACUGCCCUCAUAUAAGAACACUAGUGUUUUAAAGCUUACAAAACUAUAGUACACACAAUCUCUGCACAUUCUUCAGUUUUUAACGGGCUAUACCAAUAUCAGUGAUGUUUAAAGUUCAAACUCAUAAGGCCCAAAUGCAAGAUGAAAUUGGCUGGUGGAGCCCCUAGUGUGUUUAAGAUGUUUUCUUAUAUUACAAGCAUGAGGAGGAUGAAAUAAGAUCCUUCUCAUCUCAAAUGUGGAAGAGAAAGAGGAUGCAGCCUAGUGUGAUUCCUAUUCUGUACAUUAACCUCUAAAGUAAUACCCACCCGACACCUCCUCCUGGUCAUGAACAAAAGAUCUCCUCAUACCAUAUCAACGCUACCUGUUUCAUUUCCCAUACUCUGUUUCUCGUAUCAUUGUUUUGUUCUCCUUGUGGUUAUAACAACUUCAUGAGACAUUAGAAUCUCUGAUGCUCUGUGUAGGAGUUCCUGUAUUGUUGAUUCCACUGAGAGCUGGUGACAAAAGGAUGCACUAAUAGAGGAAGGAAGCGUUUAAUAAAGUCAAUAAUAAAGCAAUAACACUGAAGCACUUCAUGUUCAUGAGGUUUUUGCAGCUGUGUGGGUCAGAUGCUUUUAACCGUCUCUUGACUGGUGGAUAUUUCCUCAUGCAGUUUAGCAAGCUUUUGUAUGUUACACUUGGAUAUAUUACAUUGGUUUUGUACAGUAUGUGCACUUUAGAACAAUUUUACUCUGAUCAUUUGUAAACUAAUUUGCUAAAUAAUAAAUGUGACAAUAAACCUGUUAA